UGUGAGCAGUGAGACUUUAUUGAAUCACACAAGUCAAGAACAUGAACUUCAAGAAGACACGCUUUAUUCCUUUGUUUGUUUACUAAAAUCCAAAUCCAUUUUUUUUUACUUUCCCUUACCUUCACUCCAAACAAAGUAAUCGAAAGGAAAAGAAAGAAAAGAAAGGAAAUUGAAGAGUGUUUUCUUUGGUGGUGAAUUUGGAAUAGUAGUAUGGGUGAUGUCUAUAGAAAUGCAAAUGCAAGUGCGAGCUCGAGCUCGAGUUUGAAUAGUAGCUCACAUGAUACAGAGGAUGAUCACACCAUUGCUGAGAUAUUGGCUGAGGAGGAGAAAUUAAGCUAUGAUAAUCACAAGCUUGGCAAACGGCUCUCUCAUUUGGACUCGAUUCCGCACACUCCUCGGGUCAUUGGUGAUAUACCCGAUCCAAAUGAUGCGACCUUAGACCAUGAGAGGCUAGCUCAAAGGCUGGCGACAUAUAGCUUAGCUGAAAUGCAAAUCGAGGGAGACGGGAACUGUCAGUUUCGAGCCCUCGCUGAUCAGCUGUUUCAGAAUCCAGACUACCACAAGUUCGUAAGAAAGCAGGCUAUCAAGCAGCUUAAAAGGCACAGAAGGCUAUACGAAAGUUAUGUCCCGAUGAGGUACAAACACUAUGUGAAGAAGAUGAAAAGGUUGGGCGAAUGGGGAGAUCAUGUUACUCUGCAAGCAGCUGCAGAUCGAUUUGAAGCCAAAAUAUGUCUGAUCACCUCAUUCCGUGACAACGGCUACAUUGAGAUCCUCCCGAAGGACAGAAGCCCGUGCAGAGAGUUGUGGCUAAGCUUUUGGAGCGAAGUUCACUAUAAUUCGUUGUAUCAAGCGGGAGAGGUUCCUACACGAACAAGGAGGAAAAAGCAUUGGCUCUUCUAAAGUUGGUUGAAUCGUAAAUAGAAUUAUUUCGCAACACAUUUAUACAUACCCUUAUACCUUGUGUAACUCUAGAUGUCAAACCAAAUUACUUUCUUCUUUUGAUUUCUAAGUAAUCUCUUGUUAUCACUCAAAUUUUCCCAUAACUUAUGAUUAGUUAUAUAUAUACUUGGAACAAAAAUGUGUUAUUGGAUUGCAA